GCGAUUUGAUAGGAAGUUAUCGCGAUAGUUGCAUAGAACCAUAAACACAAACAGCAGUAACGUUAUUAAACAAACCCUGCGACUUAAAGCAAGUUAAGAGUAAAGUAUUAUUUAUUUUCCGUCACCUGCAAACAUCCGGACUGGACUCAUUUCUGCUAUAACCUGUGUGAGAAGGUGUCCUCUGGUUGGAUCCACCUCCAGCACCUUCUGCCUGUUUGUGAGCAGCUCUGUUCACUGACAGCUUCUAGGUUUUGCUCCAAGCAGCGACAUGAGCGCAGGAGAAGCUCCAGCAGGACUCACGUCCUCUCAGGAAGGAAGGUCUGAGGAAGCUUCUGCUCAGACCCACUGAACUGUCCAUGGCCCGCGUUCUGUCCCUGUUCCGGCCUCAGCCUUUUCUGGCCCUCGUGGGCAGAAGAAAACCCACAUUGUGCAAAAUGUCAAUGGACUCACGGGCACGUGAAGUGUUUGCGGCCGCCGUGGAGGCCGUGCAGCCAGACACGGUGGUCCGGCAGAGCAUCGAGCGCAAGGAGGACUCGGUCACGAUUGACGGUCACAAAUUCACACUCAAACACAACCUGCACCUGGUGGGCUUCGGUAAGGCCGUGCUGGGGAUGGCUGCCGAGGCCGAGAGGAUCCUCGGCGAUCAUUUAGUCAAAGGAGUCAUCAGCGUGCCACAUGGGAUCCAGCAGACGCUACAGCAGCACGGGAAAGGCCAUCUGUUGUUAAAAGAAAACAGUCGCAUCAAAGUGAUGGAGGGAGCGAAACACAACUUACCUGACGCUGACGCCCAGAAGGCAGCUGAAGGGAUCAAGCAUUUGGCCAGUCAGCUGACAGAGAAGGACCUGCUGCUGGUCCUCAUUUCAGGUGGAGGCUCUGCGCUGCUACCUGCACCCAUCCCACCCAUCUCAUUGCAAGAGAAACUAGACGUCACCCGCAAGCUUGCAGCUGCUGGCGCCACGAUUCAAGAGCUGAACACUGUUCGUCGCGCCCUUUCUUUCCUGAAGGGCGGAGGUCUUGCACAUCACGCUCACCCCGCUCAGGUGGUGGCCCUGAUACUGUCUGAUGUGAUCGGGGAUCCACUGGACUUGAUCGCGAGCGGCCCCACAGUGAGGAGUGAGGUGUGGCCUGAGGAAAUUCUAUCCAUCCUUGAACGUUACAAGCUACUGAACUCUCUGCCGGUGUCAGUAAAGGACGUCCUCGGGCAGCCAGGGCCCCGAUGGACAGAGAACAAAGAUGAAUCCGAUGCAUCAGGACACGUUCUCAACGCAGUGAUCGGCUCUAACAGCGUUGCCCUGAAGUGUGCAGGUCGCCGUGCUCGAGAGCUCGGCUUCCGCCCUGUCGUGCUUUCACCAGGAGUGUGUGGUGAUGUAAAGGCCGUCUCUAGACUUUACGGCCUUCUGGCCCGCUUCGCCUGCUCCCGAGAGGAACCUCCUCCAGAGAUUGCCGCCGAGCUGCUGAGGCUGGGGCCUGAGGUCGGGGUGGAGACCUGGGACCUGUGCCGUACCAUGCAGGUCAUGGACGAAGGACGCACAGAGGGCUGGGGCGCCACGUGUCUGUUAGCCGGCGGGGAGCCCACCGUGGAGCUAACGGGCAAAGGCCGAGGCGGUCGCAACCAGGAGCUGGCUCUGCGGGUGGGACUGGAGCUGAGAGGUCUGAAGCUCCCACCUAAUGGUCCCGUCUUCCUGAGCGGGGGCACUGAUGGUCAGGAUGGACCCACCGAGGCAGCAGGGGCCAUCACUGAUGGAGGCUUGUGUGAUGAAGCACAAUCACAGGGGCUGGACAUCGACAGCUGCCUCUCCAACAAUGAUUCUUACACGUUGUUGUCUCGUCUUUCUGCUGGGAAGCGUUUGCUUGUACCCGGCCUGACCUGCACUAAUGUGAUGGAUGUGCACAUGCUACUUAUCCCAGCGAUUCCCAUUAACAUAAGAUAAUUCCAACCUCAUCAAAUUAAAUCAUCCAGUGGAUUGGGAUAGAAAAUUAAUAAAUGACUUGACCUGAUCAGGUAGAAACUAGGGGUUGAAUUUGUCAGAAAUGUCUCUGGUUUUAUCAGUAUUAAUGAUUUCUUCAGUAGAGAGCAUAAUUGUUAAAAAAUGUGGACUGGCUAAUAAUAAAUAUAUUUUUUUAAAUCA